GUGCUUCCGCGUGUGUCUGACUGACAGCCGCACACAGGACCCAGCGCAUAUAAGGAGCGCCUGCUGCCCGGCGGGUGCCGAGCUCUGAGCCCAGCUCCUCUGCUGAGUGGGGCUGGGUCUCCCCCCGGACCCUCCCACCUCCUGGACCCCAUUCCCAACUCUGAGACGAGUCAUCCCUGCAGGUUUUCCACAUACCAGGGGUUCAGCUGGGCAGAGUCAGGAUGCUGUGGCCGCUGCUGCUGCUUGCCUUAUGGCCCUGGUCCAGCGCUCAGGCCGGCGACCAGGACGAGGACACCGCCUUUGACCUCUUCAGCAUCAGCAAUAUCAGCCGCAAGACCAUCGGGGCCAAGCGGUUCCGGGGGCCGGACCCCAGCGUGCCCGCCUACCGCUUCGUGCGCUUUGACUACAUCCCUCCGGUGAGCGCGGAGCGCCUGGAGCGGAUCGCCGAGGCCAUGCGGCGGAAGGAGGGCUUUUUCCUGACGGCCAGCCUGAAGCAGGACCGCAAGUCCAGGGGCACCCUGCUGGCACUGGAGGGCCCAGGCGCCGCACACAGGCAGUUCGAGAUCGUGUCCAACGGCCCCGCCGACACCCUGGACCUCACGUACUGGGUGGACGGCACCCAGCACGUCAUCUCCCUGGAGGACGUGGGCCUGGCUGAUUCCCAGUGGAAGAACAUCACCGUGCAGGUGACCGGAGAGACCUACAGCCUCUAUGUGGGCUGCGACCUGAUGGACAGCUUCACGCUGGACGAGCCCUUUUACGAGCAGCUGAAUACAGAGAAGAGCAGGAUGUACGUGGCCAAGGGCCCCUCCCGAGAGAGCCACUUCAGGGGUUUGCUGCAGAACGUCUACUUAGUGUUUGAAAACUCUGUGGAAGAUCUUCUGAGCAAGAAAGGUUGUCAGCAAAGCCAGGGAGCCGAAGCCAACGCCAUCAGCGAGAACACGGAGACGCUGCACCUGAGCCCCCCGGCCUCCAUGGAGCACGUGGGCCGGAGCGAGUACAGGGGCCCGGAGGUGUGCAGGCACUCCUGCGAGGAGCUGGGCAGCAUGAUCAGGGAGCUGGCAGGGCUGCACGCCAUCGUGAACCAGCUCCACGAGAACCUGCGCAAAGUGUCAAAUGACAACCAGUUUCUCUGGGAGCUCAUUGGAGGACCCCCCAAGACCAGGAACAUGUCCGCCUGCUGGCAGGACGGCAGGUUCUUUGCGGAGAAUGAAACCUGGGUGGUGGACAGCUGCACCAAGUGCACCUGCAAGAAAUUUAAAACCGUUUGCCACCAGAUCAGCUGCCCUCCCGCCACGUGCGCCGACCCGUCGUUUGUGGACGGCGAGUGCUGCCCCUCCUGCUUCCACGACGGCGAGGAAGGCUGGUCCCCAUGGGCGGAGUGGACCGAGUGCUCCGUCACCUGCGGGCCUGGCACCCAGCAGAGGGGGCGGUCCUGCGACGUCACCAGUAACACCUGCCUGGGGCCAUCCAUCCAGACGCGGUCGUGCAGCCUGGGCAGGUGCGACCACCGCAUCCGGCAGGAUGGUGGCUGGAGCCACUGGUCGCCUUGGUCCUCCUGCUCCGUGACCUGUGGGGUCGGCAACGUCACCCGCAUCCGUCUCUGCAACUCACCAGUGCCGCAGAUGGGUGGGCGGAGCUGCAAGGGGAGUGGCCGCGAGACCAGGGCCUGCCAGGGCCCGCCCUGCCCGGUCGACGGUCGGUGGAGCCCCUGGUCCCCGUGGUCGGCCUGCACGGUCACCUGUGCCGGGGGCAUCCGGGAGCGGACGCGCAUCUGUAACAGCCCGGAGCCCCAGCACGGAGGGAAGGACUGCGUCGGCGACGUCACGGAGCGUCAAAUGUGUAACAGGAGGAGCUGCCCCGCAGACGGCUGCUUGUCCAACCCCUGCUUCCCCGGAGCCGAGUGCCGCAGCUUCCCUGACGGGUCCUGGUCCUGCGGCUCUUGCCCGCUGGGCUUCCUGGGCAAUGGCACCCACUGCGAGGACCUGGACGAGUGCGCUGUGGUCACCGACGUGUGCUUCACGACCAGCAAGGCGCGCCGCUGCGUCAACACCAGCCCCGGCUUCCACUGCCUGCCCUGCCCCCCGCGCUACAAGGGGAGCCAGCCCUUCGGCGUCGGCCUGGAGGCGGCCAGGACGGAGAAGCAGCUGUGUGAGCCUGAGGACCCCUGCAAGGACAAGAGCCACAACUGCCACAGGCACGCGGAGUGCAUCUACCUGGGCCACUUCAGCGACCCCAUGUACAAGUGCGAGUGCCAGACGGGCUAUGCGGGCGACGGGCUCAUCUGCGGGGAGGACUCGGACCUGGAUGGCUGGCCCAACAAGAACCUGGUCUGCGCCACCAACGCCACCUACCACUGCAUCAAGGACAACUGCCCCCUCCUGCCUAACUCUGGGCAAGAAGACUUCGACAAGGACGGCAUCGGGGACGCCUGUGACGAUGACGACGACAACGACGGCGUCAGCGAUGAGAAGGACAACUGCCAGCUUGUCUUCAACCCACGUCAGUCUGACUACGACAAGGACGAGGUUGGAGACCGCUGUGACAACUGCCCCUACGUGCACAACCUGGCGCAGAUCGACACGGACAGCAACGGCGAGGGCGACGCCUGCUCCGUGGACAUCGACGGGGACGAUGUCUUCAAUGAGCGAGACAACUGUCCCUACGUCUACAACACUGACCAGAGGGACACCGACGGGGACGGCGUGGGCGAUCACUGCGACAACUGCCCCCUGGUGCACAACCCAGACCAGACCGACGUGGACAAUGACCUCGUGGGAGACCAGUGUGACAACAACGAAGACAUCGACGAGGACGGACACCAAAACAACCAGGACAACUGCCCCUACAUCUCCAAUGCCAACCAGGCUGACCACGACCACGACGGCAGGGGAGACGCCUGUGACUCGGACGAUGACAACGACGGGGUCCCCGAUGACAGGGACAACUGCCGGCUGGUGGCCAACCCCGACCAGGAGGACUUGGACGGUGAUGGGCGUGGUGAUGCUUGCAAAGAUGACUUUGACAACGACAGCAUCCCCGAUAUUGACGACGUGUGUCCUGAGAACCACGCCAUCAGCGAGACGGACUUCCGGAACUUCCAGAUGGUCCACCUGGACCCCAAGGGCACCACUCAGAUCGAUCCCAACUGGGUCAUUCGCCAUCAAGGCAAAGAGCUGGUGCAGACGGCCAACUCCGACCCUGGCAUCGCUGUUGGUUUCGAUGAGUUUGGGUCAGUCGACUUCAGCGGCACAUUCUACGUCAACACGGACCGGGAUGACGACUAUGCUGGCUUCGUCUUUGGCUACCAGUCCAGCAGCCGCUUCUACGUGGUGAUGUGGAAGCAGGUCACUCAGACCUACUGGGAAGACCAGCCCACCCGGGCGUACGGCUACUCAGGGGUGUCCCUCAAGGUGGUGAACUCCACCACGGGGACAGGCGAGCACCUGAGGAACGCCCUGUGGCACACGGGGAACACAGAGGGACAGGUUCGCACGUUAUGGCAUGACCCCAAAAAUAUUGGCUGGAAGGACUACACUGCCUACAGGUGGCAUCUGACCCACAGACCUAAGACAGGUUACAUAAGAGUCUUAGUGCAUGAAGGAAAACAGGUCAUGGCGGACUCAGGACCCAUCUAUGACCAAACCUACGCUGGUGGGCGGCUGGGUCUGUUUGUCUUCUCUCAAGAAAUGGUCUACUUCUCGGACCUGAAAUAUGAAUGCAGAGAUGUCUGAACAAGAUUUGCUGUAUUUCCAGCAAAGUACUGUAGACGCUGUUACGCAGACACCUCAGUCCAUCCCAGUGCUCCCAGCUUCUCUCUAGCAGACCUCCUGUCCUUGACCCCAACCUUGAGUGGUUCUUCACCUCCUGUCAUCAACCGAGGCCCACGUGCCUUCAGAGGAUGAAUAGUAAUGGAAACGAAAGACGAACAUCCAACCCACUAUAGGAAAAACAGUUUGAUGAUCCAUGAGACUUUAUGUGGAGUGAAAAUCGAGCAUGAUAUUACAUUGUUUUCUCUUGUGUGUUUAAAAAGAAUGACGUUUACAUAUGAAAUGUAAGUACUUAUUUUAUUUAUGUGUAUAUGGAGUUGAAGGGAAUAUUGUGUAUAAGCAAUUAUCAUAAAUUAAGCAUUUAUGCUUAAUAUUGCUACACUACUUCCAGUGCUUUAAAUUUGGUGCGAGAGCACCCAAAUUCUGUUAGGUCAAUUAUAAAGAAGGGUCAGCUCAAGUCUGAAGUAAUGCCAUUAUCAAAAAGAGGUCAGGAGAUACCAGUCACGUAUGUGGGAUGUCAAGUAACUAAUUGGAACAUCAAAAAUAAUUAUGGGAAUAAAUGAAUACCCCUCCCCCACUCUCUUGUCCUACAAUGGAAGCCCUCAUUGAUGCUGUCUCAUCAAAGAAGGAAUAUCCUUGCAAAAUGGCUCUAACGUGGGUGCAGACGUGGGCCUGGCAAAGCCUCGUCUAUGUGAGGGUUUAACCGAGAGAAGUGCUGUCACCGUGGCUGGCCCCUCCAGCCAUUGCCAUUGUGGAACUGAGAGAACCAGUGGCCAGUUGCCACUUGAUUCCGCAGUCUGAUCCCUAGAAUCCUCGCUCGAGCUCCUUUCCCAGCCGCUGGGGAAGAGUCGGCAGACAAACAAAUCAGCAAAUGUGUUUUGGCAUCCAAUCCCUAUUCUAGGCUUUGAAACUAUGGACGGAUUGCUUUUACCUAACUUGGUAACACAUUCCAUUAAGGUUCCAGUUAUAAAUGUUGUGCUAAUAUUUAUUAAGUGAAUAUAGAAUGCAGUUCCGUUCACCAAUAACUUAUUUUAAAUAUGACAAGUAGCACUUAUGUAAGUAAAAUAUCUAAAAGUAAACCUAUAACUAGCAUAUAAUAAUAUAAAGAUACAGUUACAGCAAAAUAUCUUCAAAAUACAAGACUUUAUAAUAUUAUGUUGUCAUCAUAAAACAUGCUGCAAAAUGUGAUAGAAUAAAUAAAUAAUAAUGAAGAGUUUAUAAUGGAACCUUAAUAUAUACUGUUGCCGGUGACCUUAAUUCAGUAUUUUUUAGCGUUAUCUAUCUGCUGUACGUAGGAUUUUAAAGACUUGGAAUGACGAGGAUAAACCAGUGUUGUCUCGGCAGACAUACCCCUUAAUCAGUCAUAUAGUAAUAUACACAGGUUUGAUUUAUUUUUUGCUUUAAGUUGCAUGACCUUUCUGCAGGAAAUAUUAAUCUCACUCCACAUAGGGGUUUAGGAAGAAGACUUUGUCUUGUUCAUCUGAUGCGGACAAACUGUUCUCCUCUUCCUGUUAAUAGCGAUUUCACUCCUCUGUCAAGUAGGGAGAGGGUCCAUGACUUUGUCUUCAUUUGCUCGUGUGCCGUCUGAUAAAGUUACAUUUGUUGCUUCCUUUGAGGUUGAUUUUUCUUUUCAUUUUGCUGCACUUUUUACUUUUUUUGGUGGAACUGUAUUCCCAAGACAAGGAAGUGUUGGGAGACUUCAUUAAAUGUAACAGUUGUGAAGAGUGUGUAGGUUUUCUGUGUCGGUGGCGUUUGGCCGAACAAUACGGUGGCGUGGGAUGAUGAUGAUGAUGUGAAUAUUUAGAAUGUACCAUAUUUUUUUGUAAAUUAUUUAUGUUUUUUUUUAAAAAACAAACUUCUCGUACAGCUGGAUGAAACUUCUUUUGUUUUGACAAAGACUGUAAAUAUUUAUUUAUUUGUUCACAUGGUCAAAAUUUCACCACUGAAACCCUGCAUUUAGCUAGAGCCUCAUUUUUAUACUUUAAAGAUUCAUAACAGGAAAUAAAUUGUAAAAAGGUUUUC